AGGACCCACAGACUCGUGAGGGAGACAGACAGCACGCAGCCCUCAAUGCCAUGGGCCUCUCUGGAGGAGCUUUCCAAGGCCACCUUUGCUGGGAACAGACCCACCUCUGGCCCAAGUGGUCACUGCAGAGUGUCUAGCCUCUCAAUAUCUGUUGCCCGGACAGCAUGGCUGGCAUUUGCCCUGAGGGCAGCUGAAGGGAGUCUGUGCUCUCGGCCCCUCCACUGUGCUGGCUCCAGGACACCAGACAAGGGCGAGCGUCCAGGAAGGCACUGAGGGAUGUGCGGUAGAGCCCGCAGCCGGACGCGGGGGGCGCGGAGUCCCAAAGAGCCUGCCAGGCAGGAGCCAGUGCUCGCGGGUGCAUGUGUGCACUGGACACACGAGCCUCGUGCCAGCGCCAUGCCUACCUCCUAAACACAGGUGGACAGCCUGGUGCCCGACGGGGGCCAACGGAGGCCGAGACAGGAGGAAAAGCGUGGGAGGAGGAGUCAGGCCAGAGAACAGAAGGAAACGAGUUCGAAAGGAGAUAGAAUCGUUGUCUUCGGCGCUGACGGAAGAUGUGGCACCCAUAAAAAAAUGACAGGGUGCCAUGAAUACAGAGCAGUGGGAGCCGGACGGGGAAAACGACAGUGCAUGCUUGGUGGGAAGGUUGGAAGAUGACGUCGAGGGAAAACAGAUGAAAACAGAGAAGAGGUCUGAACCAGGAGAUAACCUCAGUGGGUUCAUGCUCGUCAGUGGGUUUUCCAGAAAGAUUGACCAGAGAGAACACACAGGUGGGAGAAGUGAUCAGAGAAAUAACCCUGGAAAACGUCUGGACCUAGAAGACACGCGUUGGAAGAAUGCACGAGUCCCGGGCUCAGGGAGCGGGCUUGUUCCUGUGAGCGCCAGAGCCCUGGGCCAAAGCCGGGAGACCCACACCCUCGGCGGCGCUGGGGAGGGCCCCGCUCGGGCGUAAUCCGAGGACGGACCUCAGAUACCUCGCAGAGCUGGAAGCUGGAAGACGAGGGAGGAAGGGUUCUCCCCCUGGAAGAAAAUACCCUCUGGCGGGACUUUAAACUCAGCCACGUCACCAGCCCAGGGGAAGGAGAAGGAAGACAUUUCAAAGAUCUACCUUCUGGUCCCUUCCUCUGAAGGAGUGGGGACACGCCAGAGCCAGGGAGGGGGGGUGCAGGACGGAGGAGGGUCUGGACAGCUGGACAAGCUCCAGCCCCGGAAGGAGGAACGGAGGCCGGGAGAGAGGACAGGUUCUCUGGGGACACACAGGCUGAUGUGUUGAUGUAUGCAGCGUGUGAUCAAGACACGCAGGGCGGGGACGCCGGAACACGUCCAGGAGGAAAGCCGCGGGACCCUGCAGCCGCCCAGCAUGUCCCAGCGGCAUUCAGACAGCUCCUUGGAAGAAAAGCUGCUGGAAAGCCGCUUCCACUCGGAGUUGCGGCUGGAUGCCAAGGGGAACCCAGCGUCCGGGCUCCCGAUAGUCCGGGGGUCCCUGCGGGUCGCGGACAAUGCCGCCUUCCAGCCUGACGUCCCGGAGCCCCUGCCUCCAUCCUCCAAGGACACGGAACCACGGACCGUCAUCCUGAGCACGCAGAGCGCCGCAGCCCUCAAGAUGGGCACCGAGCAGCUGAUCCCUAGGAGCCUGGCCGUGUCCAGCAAGGCCAAGGCCCCCGCCCGCCACCAGAGCUUCGGGGCAGCUGUGCUCAGCAAGGAAGCCGCCCGGUGGGGUCCCCGGCUCGUCGCGGCCCCCAGCUUCUCACUGGACGACAUGGACGUGGACGUGGGCCCUGGGAGGACGCUGACACGGAAUCUGCGUAACCAGUCCUACCGCGCAGCCAUGAAGGGCCUGGAGACGCCGGGCAGCCAGCUGGGACCAGUCCAUCUGAGCCCCAAGCUCCAGGCCCUGGCAGAGGAGUCCAGCCAGCCUCCCGCUCGGUGCCCGGCCAAGAAUAAGAGGACACUGGGGCGGAAACGUGCACACAAGGGCUCCUUCAAGGAUGACCCCCGGUUCUACCAGGAGAUUCGGGAACGGGGCCUGAAUACCAGCCAGGAGUCUGACGACGACUUGCUGGAUGAGCCCUCCAGCCCCCAGGGGACCCAGAAGGUGGCCUCCCCCAUCGUGGUCCAGAGCUACCGGCCCCCCCAGAUCACCUGGAGCCAGCUCCCGGAGGUGGUGGAGUCGGGCAUCCUGGAUACGCUGCCAGCUGAGGAGCGCAAGAGGCAAGAGGCCAUGUUUGAGAUCCUGACGUCCGAGUUCUCCUACCAGCACAGCCUGGGCAUCCUGGUGUCCGAGUUCCUGGAGUCCGAGGAGCUGCGAGCGACCAUGACCCCGACGGAACACCACCACCUCUUCUCCAACAUCCUGGACGUCCUGAGCGCCAGCCAGAGGUUCUUCGAGGACCUGGAGCAGCGGCACAAGGCGCAGGUGUGCGUGGAGGACAUCAGCGACAUCCUGGAGGAACAUGCGGAGAAGCACUUCCACCCCUACGUCGCAUACUGCUCCAACGAGACGUAUCAGCAGCGCGCCCUGCAGAAGCUGACAAGCAGCAAUGCCGCCUUCCGAGAGGUCCUGAGGGAGACGGAGAAGCGGCCCGCGUGCGGGGGCCUGCCCAUGAUCUCCUUCCUGAUCCUCCCCAUGCAGAGGGUCACCCGGCUGCCCCUCCUGACGGACACGCUCUGUCUCAAGACCCAGGGCCACCCCGAGAGGUACAAGGCCGCCAGCCGCGCACUGAAGGCCAUCAGUAAGCUGGUGAAGCAAUGCAACGCAGGGGCCCACCAGAUGGAGCGCACGGAGGCGCUGUACACGCUGCACAAACAGCUGGACUUCGGCAAGGUCAAGUCCCUCCCGCUGAUCUCCACCUCCCGCUGGCUGCGGAAGCGAGGGGAGCUCUUUGUGUUGGAGGAGGCCGGGCUUUUCCGCAAGCUCGCCCGGCCAACAUACUACCUGUUCCUGUUCAACGACGUCCUGGUGGUCACCAAGAAGAAGAGUGAGGACAGCUUUGUGGUCCAAGACUACGCCCAGGUGGACCACAUCCAGGUCCAGAAGAUGGAGGCCUCGGCGCUCCCCCUGCCGGCGGGCGGCAACCGCAGCUCCUGUGUCCCCCACCCCUUCCUGGUGACACUGCUGCACAACAGCGAGGGCCGCCAGGAGAAGAUCCUGCUCUCUUCCGACUCAGCGAGCGACCGGGCCCGGUGGAUCACGGCUCUCACGCACAAGGAGAGGCAGCAGCAGGGUCCCCCCAACAAGGGAGACCUGCUCCAGGUGGAGGUCACCAAGGCCUACCUGGCCAAGCAGGCGGACGAGAUCGCGCUGCAGCAGGCGGAUGUGGUCCUGGUCCUGCAGAAGGAGGACGGAUGGCUCUACGGCGAGAGGCUGCGGGAUGGAGAGACGGGCUGGUUCCCCGAGGACUUCGCCCGGACCAUCACCAGCCAAGUGGCCGUGGAGGGCAACGUGCGCAGGAUGGCGCGUCUGCGGGUGGAGACGGACGUGUAGCCCGCUCUGCCUGGCACCUCGAAGGCGGCUCCGGUCCACACGCCGGCACGUGGCCGCGCCGGGCUCCAGGAGCGCAGUAGGCUUGUCCCAGGAGCCUGAACCGUCCUGGAUCCCGGCAAGGCCCAUGGGCCGCAGUGAUGACUCCAGACACUUCCAGGGGGGACGGUCACACUUGCCCCCCGCCCCACCCUGAAGGAGCAACCUCCAGACAAGCUCACAGGGUCCCCUCAGAGGAGCCCAGCCUGCCCUGCUCCCUGGCCCUGCCCCUUCCCUCCUGUGCACCCACAGGACAGCUGUGCCACAGAGGACGUGACAGAAGGACGGCCCUGAGAACAGUGGGGACAAUGUGAGGCCAUCUCCCUCCGGUGCCUCUCCUGCCCCAUGUGGGACGAGGAGGGCCUUGGGCUGCCCCCCACCUUCCGAGAGGAGGGCCGGCUAGAGGGGGGGGUGACCCUGUGGGGCCAGCGCUGUCAUAAUGACUGAGGUUUCUAGAGACAUUAAAGUAUUUCUGGAAC